AUGUCGGACUCUCCUACACCUCGCAAUUUUAGUCUACGAAGCGUGAGCACAAGCAAACCUCAAGUCUACCAGACAGAGUCGCGGCAAUCUGUCGCUGCAUCAGACGACUAUUAUUCUUUCUCGGACCGGACGGCGUCAUCUACUCCGGAUAGUCGUGUUACAGCAAUGCGUUAUGAAACUGCCGACUCACACCACUCUUCUCAACCAUUAGCUCCUACAGCCCCUGCGACGCAACAGUCGCAACCUCACGCAAUGCCCCAGUCCACUCAACACUUCCAACAACAGCAACAACUCGCGCCAGAGGACCUUGGCUCACCUCGCCCAGGUACAGCCAGUACAGUCCGAUUCGGAGAAGACAGGGUUGUCCAUCUUAGCCCUAGAUCAGAUGAUACUGUCAGACAAAUCGCAGACGACUAUGCUGGCCCAGCACCCACACCCGGCCUAGACGAUUCGCCCUAUGUUCGCUUCGCUAUAGAUCAACUUACCCGUGAUGAGGAAGUUGGGGCUCCUCGAAGACAUGACUCAGUCUCCACCAAUCAAGACUACCCAACUGAUCGACUAGUAUGGGAUCAAGGGCUGGGAUACUUCACUCGCGCCCGUACACCUCUUCGACACACGGAGACACCACCAAGACCGAACUUCCAAUCGCCAUCCCCUCAAGCACUACCCCAGCGGCCAGACUCGAUUGACCCAGAGUCUUUUGUUGCUGUUGACCCACCAGAGCAGAGUCUGCUUUACCCACCUUUGGAUUACCUUCCUAUGGUCUUGCAGCCCUGGGGUUUGCUCGGUCUUAUAUUCUGCUGCCUGCUCAUGAUUGCAGGCGUGGUGUUUUGCAACAUCUGGCCCCAUCGCCACCAAGGUCUCUGGGACUAUAAUGGCCAGGGAGGUGCUCGGUAUUUCGUCAUGCAGUUCCUCCCUCAGAUUUUGGCAGCUCCCAUUAUAAUCUGGUCCUUUAUCGUCCAAGCUGCUGUAUAUCGGAUUUCUCCAUUUGCGAUGUUGGCGGCGGAGCGGAAACGAGGAUCCGUCUCGCAAGGGUUGCCCAUUCUUCCAAGAAACUUCGUCUUCCCUGAUUUUUCCCAUUUCCGGUACGGGGAGCCUCUGUUUGGAUUCUCACUCUUCACGAUUUGGCUGUCAAAUUUCUUUGCUAUACCCCUCCUGAGCUGCAUCUUCCAAGCCAAGUACUAUGUCAUUGAUGGGCAAGGUGUAUGGAGAUGGACUUCUGUCCAGGCCCUCGGCUGGACUUUGGUGGCAGCUUACGGUCUUCAGGUCAUUGGUUUGCUACUGCUUGUGAUUCGAUUCAUUCGAGGCUGGACUGGUCUGAUGUGGGAUCCAAUUUGCCUGGCAGACCUGAUCUCCAUCAUCCAACGAUCCAACAUCCUCCAUGAUUAUGAGCAUUCGGAGACUGUUCCUUCCGUGAAGCAAACUCUGGACCCUCGUGUCCUGCGACUUGGAUAUUGGAAAUUAUCUAUGAAGCCCGAGAUCUUCUAUGGAAUCGGUGAAGUGGAUGCUCCCAUUCGAACCCCAUCGCUACACCAGACCGACAAGAGCCGAGAGAAACAGCCUCAUGGCAUGGCUAAAGUUCGAUUUGAUCUCGAGCACAAUGGUGCGUUUGCCAACGAUCCCUUCGAUCACCACCUGUACUCUCCAUUUACUCGAUACCGCUGGACGCCUUGGUUCCUUCGCAAGCCCUCCAUCGUGGUAUGGACCAUCAUUGUGUUUGCCCUCUUCAUUGCCUUCGUCACCGUCAGCUUCGUGAACAAUGCGAUCAAGAGUGGCUUCCCGCCCAAACUCCCAACCCUGCCAUCCAUAAGUGCGUUCUCCUCUUCGAACUUCCUCUACAGCUUCAUACCAGCGGUGAUUGGAAAUAUCCUAUUCCUCGCCUGGCAACCGAUUGACAUCUAUUUCCGCGCCCUCCAACCCUUUGUCGAACUCUCUGCUCCCACCGGCGCAUCCGCCGAUAAGAGUCUCCUGCUUGCCUACCCAUCCUCCCUCCCCAUCCAAGUGACCCUCCAGGCCAUCAUCAACGGACACUUCAAGGUAGCCUGGCUCUCAUUCAUGAGCCUCGUCUCCGUGGCGAUCCCCAUCCUGGCCGGUGGUGUAUUCAUCGCUCUCUGGUACCCAGAUCACGAAGACGUCCGCAUUUCCUCACUAAUGCCCGCCUACUACGCCCUUAUCGUAUUCUGUGGCCUUUACGCCGUCUCCUUCCUAGCAAUCUGGCCGGGUCGUCGCCGCUACCUGCCACACGAUAUCACCACCCUCGCCGAUCUGAUGAGCUACCUUUAUCAAUCCCCCCUUCUUGCGGACAAACUUCUUCGCGAACCGCGCAGCAAGACUGAUCUUGUGACCCGUCUUAUCGUUGCGCCUCCUUCCGAGCGAAUGUUGCCUACGUAUGGCUUUGGAAUUUACGUCGGUCGCGAUGGAAAAGAGCAUCUUGGUAUUGAUCGCUUCCAUCGACCUGGCCGUACGGAUAUGUUGAUUACGACUGGAACGAUGAAAACCUGA